AUGCUGCCUCGCUCCUCCCGCGUUUCUCGCAGAUCAUAUCCCUCGUCGAGUCCUCCCUACACCUGGGCUAGGAGUGCUAGUAGAAAGUCAAAUCUAUGGCCAGAACCCAAGGGCAGGGUUGGUGAACAGCCCAGGGUCCGGGCGUGGGUCGCGCCCGUCUCGCGAAUAGCCAACUUCCUCAUUGUGCCCACUGCGAUCCUGUACGCCGUCUUCUUUGCGGACUUCGGCGACCACGAGCACGUAUUCUCUCCGCCGAGGCGCUGGCUAGAGGCACAAAAAGCUGCCUUUUUCUCCCUCUCUCCUGAGGAACAGAAGCUUGUCGGCGCAGAUACGACCAAACCCGAAACGCCUGCGGCCGCCCAAGGUUCAGGAGAUCCCCGCUGAUUCCAACGACCCUCGGCACGCACCCAUGAUGCGUAUGAAUUUGGAAUUCCCGCGCCAAACGGGAAUGAAUUGCUCCCAUUUGACAACAUCCGGUCCGAUGUUAUAUGGCCGGUGAGAGAUUACGUGGGAAGAUCUCCUUCGGACCUGGUUUCGUCAGAGCCGGAGUUAUAAAGACGUUGGCCGACACUGCACUGCCGUUCCCCGCGCCCACCGGAUAUUGGGAACAAUCAUCGUGUGGUGACAUGACACACAUUUACCUGUACAGCCAGGUACCACAUGUCGUACUCACACGCUGAAUUACUACACUUCCU